AUGUCAAGGGACGAGGCGGCGACGAGUGCAGAGUCACAGGCUAAACCUUAUGGGGCAACCUUUAUAACCAUACCAUAUAAUAGAAAUACUUCAUUGUCACCACAUCACAAGAAAUACCUCAUUGUCACCACAGGAAUAACAGAAAGGACACAUGUCGUGAAGACAAGUAGACAACGCCUCGUUAGAGGAGGGAAAAAUUCAGUUGCACUCGAUAACUGCCUCAGCCGCUCGACGUGGUUUGUUCUUUCGCCUGCUCCCACUAUGCCGAAAACCAUUGGAUUUAGCCGACACCUCAUUGCACUGCCCCCUCCCAUUUCCAUUUUCGUUUUCAUUCUUCACCAAGUCAUCGUUCUCCUUGACGGGCCCAUUCCUUUUCUGCCUUUUCGUUACACUCUUUGUAUCCUCGCUAUCUUCUUCGUCUUCCUGUUUUUGAGCUUCGUUUAUCUCAUCUUUUUCGUCCUUAGGGGAAACUCAAGGAUGUCUAGAUCAAGUGAUCAUGUCUCAGAUAUGGCUAGAAGUAGUCAAAUGAAUGAAAUACGAGUCAAUGUCAAGGAGAUUCAUGAGCAAGAGUCGAGGAGAAUCUCAAACUGUCUACUGCUAGAGUUUUCUUUUAUACAAGUUCACAAACUUUGA